AUGCAAUUGGGUUGUUGGCAAGACUGCAUUGGAGCCAUAGACGGAACACAUGUAAGUGCAUGGGUUACAGGGCCAGAUACGGCAACAUAUUUCGGUAGGAAAUACUGUCACACGCAAAAUAUCAUGGCCGCGUGCGAUUUUGACAUGUGUUUCAUCUUCAUUUCGUGCGGAUGGGAAGGAAGUAUGCACGAUAGUCGCAUCUUCAACGAGAUACUAAUAAAUGACAAUGUCACAUUUCCACAUCCUGAAGAAGGCAAAUAUUAUCUUGUCGAUGCUAGUUAUCCAAACCGGGUAGGUUACCUAGCACUUUUCAAAGGCAACCGUUACCACCAACAACAAUUCCGACGUAGUCAACAGAAUAGGACGGCAAAAACCUCAAGGGAAUUAUUUAACAAAGUGCACUCGUCGCUACGCAGUGUGGUGAAACGCACUUUCGGUGCUUGGAAAAAUCGAUGGGGGUUUAUUAGAGACAUGCCUCGGUAUGACUUUGCAAAUGUGCAAGUUUUGUUAGUAAGUGCGUCAAUGGCAUUACAUAAUUAUAUACGGCGAAAUACAGGUAAUCCAACAACUGUUCACCUAAUCUGCGAUGAGGAAGAGGCUAUGACAAUAGUAAAUGCCAUACCAGAAGUUGAGCAUGACAAUGAUGAUUUAAUGGUUGGGGAUGAGGACCCGCAAAUGGCAUUGAUGCGACUUCGCAUACGCGACAAGUUAGUGUACUUGCGUAAUAACGGAAUGUUAGAAAAUAUAUAA